UCCCAUCGCCCCCAAAAGCAUCUUCUCUCUCUCUCUCUUUCCUCUUCAUUUACAAAAAACCCAGAAAACACACACACAGUAAUAAAUGUCUCUUUCUCCCCCACCCAUGUGAUCUUUAAUUGACUUUUCUUCUUCUUCCUCUUCAUCAUCCUUGAAAUUGUGGGGAUUGAUCAAAAUUAAGACUUCCUUAUCUGUUUAUUAUUAUAACUUUGUGGAAACAAGAGAAAUAUACCAGUUUUAGGGGUGUUCUUUAUCUACAAACUCUUUCAGGUUAAAGAAGUUGAUUGGGUCUGGUCUUGAUUGCGGUGGAAGAGACAUGAUGAUGUUCAACGAGAUGGGUAUGUAUGGAAACAUGGAUUUCUUCCCCACCUCCACACCUCUCGAUGUGUGUCCAUUGCCACAAGCUGAACAAGAGCCAGUACUGGUUGAAGAUGUCGACUAUACGGAUGAUGAGAUGGAUGUGGAUGAGCUUGAGAAGAGGAUGUGGAGAGACAAGAUGCGUUUGAAACGUCUCAAGGAGCAGCAAAGCAAGUGUAAAGAGGAAGGUGUCGACGGCUCGAAGCAGAGGCAGUCACAAGAGCAAGCUAGGAGGAAGAAAAUGUCUAGAGCGCAAGAUGGUAUCUUGAAGUAUAUGUUGAAGAUGAUGGAAGUUUGUAAAGCUCAAGGCUUUGUUUAUGGUAUCAUCCCUGAGAAGGGUAAGCCUGUGACGGGUGCUUCUGAUAAUCUGAGGGAAUGGUGGAAAGAUAAGGUCAGGUUUGAUCGUAAUGGUCCAGCUGCUAUUGCUAAAUACCAAGCUGAGAACAAUAUUCCUGGAGGGAGUAAUGAUUGUAACAGUUUGGUUGGACCAACACCUCAUACCCUUCAGGAGCUUCAGGACACGACUCUUGGAUCGCUUUUAUCUGCGUUGAUGCAACAUUGUGAUCCUCCACAGAGAAGGUUUCCUUUGGAGAAAGGAGUUUCUCCACCUUGGUGGCCUAAUGGGAAAGAAGACUGGUGGCCUCAGCUCGGUUUGCCUAACGAGCAAGGUCCUCCUCCUUAUAAAAAGCCUCAUGAUUUGAAAAAAGCGUGGAAGGUUGGUGUUUUGACUGCGGUGAUCAAGCAUAUGUCGCCUGAUAUUGCUAAAAUCCGUAAGCUUGUGAGGCAAUCGAAAUGCUUGCAGGAUAAGAUGACGGCGAAAGAGAGUGCUACUUGGCUUGCCAUUAUAAACCAAGAAGAGGUUGUGGCGCGGGAGCUUUACCCUGAGUCAUGCCCUCCUCUGUCUUCUUCAUCAUCUUUAGGAAGCGGGUCGCUUCUCAUCAAUGAUUGUAGCGAAUAUGAUGUUGAAGGUUUUGAGAAGGAACAACCUAGUUUCGACAUGGAAGAGAGAAAACCAGAGAUAGUGAUGAUGAAUCCUCCAACAAGCUUUGGGAUUGCUAAAAUGCAACAUUUUCCCAUAAAGGAAGAGGUUGCCACCAUAGGAAACUUGGAAUUCUCGAGAAAAAGGAAGCAGAACAACGAUAUGAAUGUUAUGAUAAUGGACAGACCAGCAGGUUACACUUGUGAGAAUGGACAGUGUCCUCACGGUAAAAUGAAUUUGGGAUUUCAGGACAGGAGUUCAAGGGACAACCACCAAAUGGUUUGUCCAUACAGAGACAAUCGUGUAGCAUAUGGAGCAUCCAAGUUUCAUGUGGGUGAAAUGAGACCUCAGCAAUCGAUCGACCUUUCAGUCUUUGGAGUUCCGGAGAACGGGCAGAAGAUGAUCACCGAGCUUAUGGCCAUGUACGAUAGAAAUGUCCAGAGCAGCCAAACUCCUCCUCCAUUGAUGGUAAAUCAAAGCAUGACCCUUGAUGCAAAACCAGCUCAGAAUCAGCAGCUGAGUUUCAACAGUGGCAAUCAAAUGUUUAUGCAACAAGGAACCAACAGCAUGGUUAGUAAUCGGUGUCAAAUGGUGUUUGAUUCCACACCGUUUGAUAUGGCAGCAUUCGAUUACAGAGAUGAUUGGCAAACCGGAGCAAUGGAAGGAAUGGGGAAGCAACAGCAGCAGCAGCAGCGAGGUGCAUCGAUAUGGUUCUGAAUAUUUCAUUCUCUGUAACAUUCUUUCCUAAUGACUUUGUUACUGUUACCUACUUACCUGACUUGGGUUUAUAUUCUAUUGGCACCAACACGUCACAUCUAUAUUGUUGAUGAUGAUGAAGCCAUCUAUUUUUUUUUGUGUGUGAAAGUCAUGUAACUCAUUCUCAUGUUUAAUAAUCUCUUUAUCCAUUGAUCA